AUGAGCGAUCUGUUGAAGGUCAGCUACCUAAAACAUGGAUUAAAAUUAUCCUUAAGGAAAGAAGUCUCACGAAAAGAUCCACGAACACCAACUGAAUUUCUAAAAGUAGCCCAAGAAGAAGAAAACCUUGAUUAUUCAAUGGCUGCAUCGAUAAAAAAUUGGGAAAUUUCAUCUAAGGACGAAUUACAAGCAAUAACAAAUGUUACAACACAAAAUUCACCAAGGAUACAGGAAAAUGAUGAUGAUUCGUAUCCACAAACACAAGCACAGCAUGAUAGUGAUAAUUAUUAUGCAAGAGUUACAACAACCUAUAAACAACAUCGAUCACAACAACAACCAUACUUAUAUCAACACCAUCAACAGCAACAACCAUAUUUAUAUCAACACCAACAACAACCACCAUAUGUAUAUCAACACCAACAACAAUCACCAUAUACACCUCAACAACAACAGUCAUACCGAGAACGAAAACAACAGCGAUGCUACAUAUGCAACAAAAGUGGUAAUUUUGCUCGCAACUGCUGGUAUUCAAAAAACUACUAA